CACUGUCUGUCACAUUCUUCUUUACAUUUGAACAUUAUGGGAACUUGAGGAUGUUUAAACUGUGAAAAUUGAAUCUGCUAUCAUGGAUAAUGUUUCGUUUGUGAGAGUUUUAACUCUGUCAGGCUUCAACGAGACGUCUAACUACAGAAUGACUCUGUUUUCUUUCACUUUACUCUAUUACUGUUUGAUUCUGUUCUGCAACAUCUGCCUCAUCACCAUCAUUAUACUGGAUGAAAACCUGCAUGAACCUAUGUAUGUGUUAUUGUGCAGCCUUUUCAUUAAUGGACUUUAUGGGACCACAGGUUUCUACCCCAAGUUUCUUUUAGAUCUACUCUCGUCUUCUGCAGAAAUCUCAUAUGAAGGCUGUCUUUUGCAGGCGUUCAUCAUGUACUCGUUCGCUUGCUGUGACUUGUCUAUUCUGGCAGUUAUGGCGUACGACAGGUAUCUGGCCAUAUGUCGACCACUGCAUUAUCGCUCUCUGAUGUCUAAGAGGAGGCUCGCUCAGCUGGUUUGUUUCUCCUGGUUAACGCCCUUCUGUAUUUUCUCCAUCAGUAUUAUACUGACAUCUACAGUCAAGUUAUGUGGUUCGAGAAUUCAGAAAAUCUUUUGUGUGAACUGGCUCAUUUACAAACUCGCUUGCAGUGACUCUAACACUGUUUGGAACAAUAUUGUCUCGUAUGUAACCAUUAUAGUUUAUGUGCUGCAUGGUGUUUUCAUAGUGUGGACCUACAUGCAUCUGGUCAAAAAGAGUGUGAGGUCUAAAGAUGACAGGGUGAAGUUCAUGCAGACAUGUGUGCCCCAUUUAAUUUCCUUAUCAACGUUCCUUGUGAUCAUCGUGUUUGAUUUGAUGUACUCACGGUUUGGCUCCACAGAUUUGCCACAGGGCCUUCAAAACUUCAUCGCUACAGAAUUUCUCAUUAUUCCUCCGCUCAUGAAUCCUCUCAUAUAUGGAUUCAAACUCACCAAAAUACGGAACAGAAUUUUGUACAUCAUUCAUUCUGGAAGAAAGUGACUUUGUCUCAUCCACCACUUUAUUAGGUACAAAUAACACCAAAUGAAUUGGUCAGCGAGUGUAUAUAAUUUCUAUCAAUUCACCCUGAUUAAAUAUUUAUCUAAAAUGACUGGUACACACCAGAGACUGUACCAUUUAACUUUUUUUAGUUCAUUUAGAAUAGACUUGUGUUUCAUUGUUUUAAGGGAAUUUAGAAAAAGCCCUUAGUCUGGCCCAGUUUUGUUUUAUUGCUUUGAUUAACUUGUCUGGUCUGUCCUCACUGUUCACACAACUGUUAUGUUAAUUCACUUUAAUCAUACUUUAAAACUGAUGUUCUUUGUACAUGUACUUGGCUUCAUUAUUUGAUUAUAUUGUGUGCAAACUCA